CAACUGAUAUCAAGUUGCUCUGUUGGCCUUUUUGAUACGGAUGGUGUAAAUUCGACAAGGGAACUAGCUCUAACGGAGAAAAAACUGCGUCAAAAUGGCUACGACUAACCUCCCAGCAAUUCCGCACCCGUUAUCGAGGAUGGAAGACCCUACGAAUCUAAACGUGAGAGGAUUGUCUCGCGAAGGUUCGCGUGUAGCUUCGCGGCAAAGUUUGACUUUCGGACAAGACCUCGACCGCCAAAAGCUUAAUGUAUUACGACCUAUAACGGCGGAUCAAGUGCCUUACAGGCUAACUAGGUCUUCGAAUGGCUUUGGUGGGCAACGAAGCCCAAGAUACGAUGGAUUUGCUGGCAUUCCAGAAGGCGUCGAAGUGAAAUUCGCUGAAGAUCCUAACAAGCCAACAAUUCCAAUUUUCGGUAAGCACAAUUUCUUUUUACUUAUAGUGAGGUAGUAGCUGACACAUCCUUACUGUCGUAUAGCUUCGUGGCUGUGUUGUCGCUUUUUUCAAGAGAAGGUAAAUUUCGAAAACCGUAUCAUGAUGAGAACCGGUGAAUGAAGACCAAUUAUGACUCUGCAACUCAUAUAAUAAACACUCUCCCUGUAAAAUUUUAUCACGCUAAAAUUAUGCCUAAGUGUGCUAAUCAGUCAAAAGCGAUUUCAUAUAGCCAUUUUCAUUUAUAAGGAAAUCAGUGGAAUGAUAAAAGCGUUUCAUGAUUUUUUUUAACACCUAUAGUUUAAUUUUUGGUAUCUUCCAGAGCUAACGAGCGCUAGUAACACUAGACUGCUUCAAAUUCAACCGAUAGUCUUUUGUCUUCGAGAACAUCUGUCAACCACAAAAAAUUAAAAAGCUACUAAGAACACCUGCCAACAUAAAACCGCAAAUAGAAUUAACAGAUCCCUCCGCUAAUGCUUUCCUCUGGCUUAUUUCCUAAAGCUAGUUACUCAAGAUACUGUUUAUUGUCUCAAUGAAACCUUUUUUUGUGUUUUUGUAGUAAUAGAAAUCUUCACGUAGUGUCAACAAAAGGCGUUUUUCACGCAAUAUUAUUAGGUCAUAUGGAAUUUUAUGACCUAUUUACAUAAUCACCAUUAUUUAAAUGCUACAUAAUGGUGGAAAUGCUGCGCAAUAUGAUAAAGAUCCAAAGCUACUUUUUUUCAAAGUCUUUGACUACGUAAAAUGUUGUUAGGUUAACCAAUACUCUGUCAUUUUAGGGAGCCGUGCAGACAUGGCAAGUCGGGCUGAAAGCCGCCUGUCUCGACUAAACAGUGCAGCAUCCUCUUUACAGGGUCCUGACAGAGCUUCAGUUGACGAGGUUUGUAUAUAGUAUAGAUAUCAACAACAAACCUUGUUGGAUCAGGAGGGGUUGUAUUUUCUAUGUUAAUUAUUAUUUGGGGCAGAACUCUUUGAUUUGUAGUUUUCAGAGGAUAGGCAGGUACAUACUCCACAAAGCAUUUGUUUGUACCUGAGCAAAGUGGCCCAUCCAGCCAGAGCUGAUCCCAGAUUCCUUAGCUUUAAGUGAUCAAAAGUAUUUCUAUUCCCCCAGCCCAUGGCAAGGUUGCCUUCAUCCUUUUAUUGGGCUUCCCUGAUUCUUCAGUGGUUUCCAUUUAUACUGCCAGGGGAGAGAAGCAGUGUGGGGGUAAAGUGUUUUACCCAAGAACACAACACAUUGACCCAGCCAGGUGUCAAAUCAGCAUCUCUUAACCAGAAGUCCAGUGCACUAAUCUUUAGGCCACCACUUCUCCCACUAAAGCAUCAGAGAAUGAUGAUACUUUUAACAAUGUUUGUUGUAAAAGCAAUGUAAUUUAAAAUAUCACAAUGUUAUUUCAAUAAUUCAAGCAACAGAAAGUUAACCAACAAAUGAGCUUAACACUGACAAUAUUUCAUAUUCUUUUCAACACAGUUUGUAGCUUAUCCUAUUUUUUUGAAUGAUUUCUUAAGAUUGAAGCUUUACUACGAGAAAAGAUGAAAACUGGAUAUUAUGACAUAAGGGGGGCCUUCAAAAACUGUGAUCCAGAGGGCAAAGGAAUCGUAAACAGGUAAGUAAUUUUUCUUGGAUAACCAUAGUCUAGGCUUAAUAUUUUCAUUAGUAGUGUAUUUGAUAGUAAAGCUGAGAAAUUAGAUAAAUCAGUUAUGAGAAUUUAGUGUUAGAUCAAGAUAACUUUUACCUGAUAAGUUGUAGGUUUCUCAUCAUCUGUUUGCAGGAUGUUGUAUGGAUAUUAUAGUGAGAAGUUACAAUUUAAUCACUUCUGAAAGUAAAAGCGUUAAUUAAGAAAUGAGCAAACAAUGCAGUUAUGGAUUGCAAUAUAGUGAAAUCAACUACAGCCUGUUUUAUACUGAGUUUGAAAUAAGGAUUUCUAAACAGAGGGCCAAAGGGUUCUUAACAAUUUUUUUGCUUAAAACAUAGUCUUUCCCAACAAGGAUCACCAUUUCAAAGGGUAAAAAUUUGCAAUGGUUUCAUUUCUUGACCACUGUUUAAUGCUUUAAACCCUGAGGGUGACCAGUGUCUAAUUUCUCCUGACUUUCAUACUGCUGAAUCAUUCAUUGCGAUCAUGAGAAUAAUGGAAAUGAUCACCAACCUAAGAAGCUUUGAUUAUUGAAUACAUUUUUACCUUUGGGGUUUAGCAGCUACCAGGGGGUAAUCUCAAAAUUGUAUCAAUCAUAUGUGUAGGUUCAACUGCAUUUCCUUUCUACCAUUUACAGGGAAAAAUUGAGAGAAAUUUUCAUCAAUUUCUUAUCAAGAUCAAUAACUUUGAGCCACUUUAACAAGUUAAUGGUGCGGUAAGUAACAUUCUAUUUCAAAAAAUGUACAUGCUGAUGUUUUAUCUGUGUUACUGCUAAGUGAGCAAGGAUAGCAGACCCUGGAUGAGCUGUUGAGGAGGGGAGGGGAGAGUGGAGGAAAGAAAUAAAUUUACUUGAGAAACGCACUGCUUAAUAUUUAAUCAGUACAUGACAAUAGUUUCUUUUCUGUUCCAGUUACUUAUAUCUCCAUGUACUUUUAGAGUUCCUUUAAGUGUGUUGUCUCUUCUUUUGAUUUUUGUCCUACUGCUGAGCAAACUUAAUAAGCUCCCCCCUGAUUAAGCACCCUCCUUCUUAUAAGUGCCCCCCUCCUUUAAGCUGAAAUUUCAAAUGAGUGCCCAGAUGCUUAUUCAAGGAAAUGUGGUAUUUCCUUUUUUAAGGCAAUAUUUGCUGCAACAAGAGAUAUCAAAUUUAACCUUUAACCCUUUAACUCCUAAGAUCUGAUUGUUAAUUCUCCCCUCUAGCUGCUGCACAUUUCCCUGUAAAUUAGUCAUGAGAACUUGGUGCUAGGUCAAGAUAGCAUUUUAUACUUGAUAAGUUUGAAUAUUCUCAUAACCUGUUUGCUGAAUAAGGUAAGGAUGUUAUGGGGAGAAGUUUCAUGUUGAUCACUUCUGGGAAUUAGAGGGUUAAUACUUUUUAGUUCAGUGCUGUGUAUCUUCCAUUACUCUAUAUCCAGCUUUUGGAUAAUAUUUAGACAAAAUUUUCCUUUCCUUAGUUUACUGUAAUUUUGUGUUAGUUGCAAGACUAAAAAGACAUAAUGUUAACUUUAAUCUUAAUCCUUAAUUCUCACAGGUUACGACUGGACCACAAAAAGAUGAUUUCUUAUGACGAGUUUUACGCUGCGUUUAGGCCACCAAAGGUGAGAAUGGCAGCUAUGGACUUGCUUUUAUUUUCAGUCUUCCAAGAGUCCAUACUUGAGAAAUUUGGUCACUUUUGAUUCUUCUGUCAUCUUCAGAUGAAAUUAACUCAAUUUCAUUGCUCCUUUUCAAUUUUUUUGUCUUCAGAAAGCUGAUGAGGGCCCUGCUUGGCUGCAGCUGGAGAAGCCUGACUUAAAAUACAUGUCUGCCGCUCAAGUACAUGCACAUCUUAAAGAGAAGGCAAAACAAAGGUUAGUCAUUACUCUAAUUUACCUUCUUUUCUCCCCUGUCUCUUUUAUGGCCUUUUAUAUGAACUCUUUGUGCCUGCUUCCGGUCAGACAGAUUUGGAGACACUUUAUUUUGCACCACCACCCCCCCUCCGUGCCAAAUCCGUCGACCCCCACCCUACUCCUCACAAAUUUUCAUUCGGUGUAAUUGUCGCUAUAAAAUAGUACAUGUAAUAAAUAAAAAAGUUAAGUUUGUCUGGGAAAUAAAACUGCGGAUAAAAUAUCUGAUUAAUAUGCUGAUUCAUACCGGUGCAUCGCAAGAUUCGUAUUGUAACCUGAACUGUGGAUUUUCAAGUCCCACGCGUUUUUCGAGCGUUGAUAAAAUAUUUUAGAAAAAAAAACUUGAAACUCUCCUUUGGUCACCACUGUUGGAUCGUUCGCGUCCGAAGUUUGCAGAUAAAUCAAAUUUGCUUUCUAGUGGACUCUUUUAACCAUAUAUUGGCCUUUUCUUUCGCUCAGGUUUUUGGAUGUAGCAGAACUUAUUCCGCAAAUGAACCCUGGAGGUUCUGGACGAAUUCUCAGGCCUGAACUGCGAAACGUCCUCAACAAGAUGGGCUUUUACAUGGAGGACGACGAGUUUGAAAAACUCUGGCAAAAAUACGACACGGAAAACUACGGAACGAUUCGUGCAGAGCGAUUGAUGAGUAGGCUUGGUAUUGCCAUGAAGGACACAGGAUCAAGAGAAGUAUCGAGCUCGCCGAGGAAGCUCGAAGCGGAAAGGAAACACUCUUUGGAUGUAGAGAGAUGGUUGAAGAGGAAGUUUCGCGAGGGUUUCUCGGAUAUGAAGCAUGCUUUUAUGGAGUUAGAUCUGGACAGGAUAGGAAAAGUUAGCUUCGAUGAUUUCAGAAUGGUCAUGAAAGAUUUUGGCUUGCGCCUCGACACCGAUAAACAACUGGAUGAUUUCAUUGCAAGGUUUGCUUUUUUUAUUUUAAAGUCUGUCCAUGUUGAAUAUUCCAUCUUAGCUGGUACUUUUGUAAAACCUUUUGAGCUUUCUGUUGCGUAAGAGCCAAUUAAUUGUGAAGCCGAAUUAACCACCUUGCGAUGAAAUAGGGAUCGAGUAAUCCAAUUGUUUUAGCAGUUUAGUAUAAAUUUGAAAGUCGUUCAACUGAAUUUUACAACAAAACAGGCUCAGGUUUAAUUUGUUUUAUUUUGUUUACAACUGCGCACUCUUUGGCUAAUUAUCAUCACUAUCUGUCACAGAAUAGACAGCGAGUAGUGUAACCAAUCAGAAUUUUGCAUUUAUGAUAGAAAGCUGAUGAAUUUAUACUGAUGAAUGACGGAUAAUGUCUUACAGACACGAUAUUUUUCUGAACAGGUGCGGCAUCGAAGCUUCCAACGGCAAGAUUUCGUACAAAGAAUUUCUGCGCCGUUUCCAAGAUCGCAGCGAGCAGGGAAUGCCCCACAAGAUUUUGGCCAAUCCACUUCACAGGUAAAACUGCCUUUAUAGGUUUAACGUACAUAGAUUUUGCUUCUGGUGCGGAUUGACGAGCGUGUGUUCAUGUGCGCUAGUGAGAACGUCUAACUUGUCCCCAGUCGUCCCUCUACUUUAAAACAUUAACGGGAGACGCGCGCUGUUAUCACAACUACCAAUUAGAACAACCUGCUUGAAGUGUGUUUGUAUAGGAGUGACCAAGUUCUAAUAGUUUUCGGCGCGAGUUUUCGGGACCAAUCACAGAGCGAGGUAAAGCAAAACCAAAGCAAUCACCCAGGAUUACUUUCGAUACUCCAUUGAAAAAUUAUCUUAGAGGACUGAUUAGUAACGUUCGUCUUUAGGUACCACCACAGUGAAGGUGGAAGUAACUAUUCAACAACUUCAGCCAUAGAGGCCAGAAUGAUGGACAUGUUUCAGAAGGAGUUCUUAGCCCUGCUGGGUACAUUCCAGUAAGUAUUACUAGACGCGUUUGUUGACAACUUUCGUCUUGCCCCGGAGAGACUCGUUAGCCGCGACAUGGUUGAGGUUGAAGAGGUUUGAUUUUUUCCUGCAAGUCCAGUGCUAAAAGCAAAGCAAGGGCUUAUUUUAAUUCCCUUAGCAUGAAGUGACUUAACGGGCGAAUAAUAACAGGGAACUUAGAGUCUUUUUUUUCUCGUGCAAGAGAUUAAAUUGCACUUUUUUCAGAUUAUAGUUACAAUAAUCAGCACAUAGGUGUCAAGAGUAAACAAACUUGCUAGCUGGGCGAUUAUAUUUUGUUACUUCAAUAGGAAACCAAACUCUCACAUUCAAGUUGUAAGGGAAUAUAUAUGAUCUAGCGGGGAGGGUUUUGAGUUGAAAUGUAAAGCAGUUGCGCUCGAAAAUAUUGUAGUCGUUGCAGGAGUAAAUGAGUUAAAAUCAUCUUUUUGAGCUCUAUUAUCUCAGUGUUAUUCACCUCAGUGCCGGUUGCUAGCAGUGGAAAUUUACCUCCCCGCUUCGCGGUUUGGUAAAUAUCCACCAAUAGCCACUCCUACUUAGAUGAAUCGUUGUUCACUGUCGGCUCCAGAGCAGUCGUCAACUGAACUUGAGAGGGCAGUUUUGAGAACCAAAUUGAAUUAUGCAAAAUCUUCUUUUUGAGGUUUCCUCUCUAAGAAAACGGAAUCGAUGCAAUAUCAAACAAAAUGUACACAAAUUUUAAAAGCCACUGUCCAGUCGUGUUUAUGCUCAUUGAAUGUCAUCAUUUUUUUAAAUUUACUCAAUCUUUUUCUUGUUGUUUUACAGCAAUAUUGAUCGUAAGGAUUCUGGUCUGCUGACUCAGCAACAGUUCCGUGCAGCUAUCGAAGGAAGAUUCGAGUUGAACAUGUCAGAGCAGGAGUUUGAGUCAUUUCUGAAGAAAGUUCCCAUCGACAGCGACGGCAUGGUCAAAUACGUGGAAUUCAUGUCGAAAUUUGAUACUUUGUAAGUAUUUGUAAUCUCUUGUUACUCUAACAAAAUUGUCUUUUUUUUCCCAUGAGCUCUGCCAACACUAUCCAUGCAGUGAACGUUUACAAAUCAGUGUUGUUCGAGUGUAAAUGUGAAGCAUUUUUCAUUUCGCCAGUGUUCACUAGACAUUUUAUCUUUCGCGAGUUUUCUUUGUUUGUUUGUUUAUCAAUAAAACAAUUAAAACCUCACCACGAUCAAGAUGGUAACGAGCUUGGUUGCCAAUUAUAGAUAGCCCCCUGUCACUCCUCCCUUUCUCUCUCCACCUCCCUCUCCUCUCUCCAUCGCAGUCCAUGGUAACAUGCUUCUUUGCUUGGGGGCUGCACAUCGUCAAAUCCAGCGCAAUGAAGCACUCAGUCUUCGUGAGCCCUUUGCGACCUCUCACUUUCAAGCUCCCUUUGACUUGUUUACUUCCAGAUAUGAUAUUGAUGUAAGCUUCGCCAUGCUCCUAAGGGUUUUGUAAUUAUACUAAUAUGUCUGCUAAAUGAUGAUCGGCUUACUUUAAUAUUUUGCACUUAUGACGAACAUUUUACUGUACAGUUGGGUGAAUUGGACCAAGUCAUGUUGUAACAGGCUCUCGCUGAACUCUGCACAUCGGCUAAGAAAGCGGCAACUUGAAAUUCUUCUUUCUUUUCGUAAUUACGUGUGUAUGUACAGGUAGCGACUACUCAACUGAAAGGAGAUUUGCGAAAAGGCUUACCAAAUUGAAAGGCAAUUUCUUUGGCUUGAGAGGCAUUUUCGCAUUCCAAAUAGAGUUUUCUUUUCUUUUUCUCCCUUUUUAAACUUUCUUAUCUCUUGUGUUUACAUUUGUCUUUAUCUCGCCAACUAACUGCUACAUUGCAUCAAAGAAAUUUUUAAUUCUAUUCUCUAAUUGUUCUAUCAGUGAAAGCAAGAGCCUGUUUGAUCGCUCCAGCAUCAUGGACCGGAAAGAAGCUCUCCCUACUCUACCAGAAAUAGACAGCCCUCCUAUGUCACCUAAGAAACAGUUUCGACCGAUGAAAACCAUGGAUUCGUACAAUAGCCAGGAAGGGCGCAGCGUCGAGGAAUUGAAGGCUCUAAUCAAGAGUGUGCUUCAACAUAAUUACCAGGCCUUUGAAGAGGUAAGAUUGAAGAAAAAUAGAACAAUAGAACGCAGACUUCUUCAGUACUCUUGUUAUGUAGAUCUGCAGGUUUUGUAUUGUUGGAGCAAGAAAAUUUCGAGAGUGAUCUUGGAUUGCGUUGGUUUCGAUUUGUUUUGCUUCAGUUGCCUAACUAAUGGUUUCCGCUAUAAUUGUUAUUCCCUCCAUUAUAAAAGGUAAGUAUACGGGUGUAGGUAGAGUUCCUUUUGGUUCCUUUUGGUGUCGACCUUUUUUGUGAUUUACUGUUGGUUUUAUGAUCCUCAAAUCAAAAUGCGCUGUAAGUUGCCGCACAAAACUAGAGACAUGCUGAUGGCAGGUGACGCGAAUAUGCAGCCAAACAUGUUUUGCUGCCCUCACGUUCUACUGUCCUCUCACAUUUGGCCAAUCGAAGGGCAUAGAUAAGUGAAUGGACCAAUCAAAACAAACUAAAGAGGAAUAGCCAGCAGAUCUUUCUAUUGAUUAUUCCAAUUGCAGCCAAUGUCAAAGCUUAUAAAGUACAACACACAACACCAACGCAAAAUCGGGAAUUCACGAAGAAACUAUCUUGAUGUAGCCCGAGAUACCAGAAAAUUUCGCGGUGGGGUAAAAGAUUUGAAUUAAAAAGAGUAAGGAUUUCAGGUCGAUGAUUACAUCGACAGCUUUUACAAUCUAAAAGAUACCCAAGGAAUCAUUAAAACUUCUAAGAAUUCAUUAUGGAAAAACACAAUCAAAUCUUAAGAUGAAUGCACACGUAAUUUAUAAAAAGUAGCUCCCCAACAUGAACGUAUUUGUUCUUUCUUUUCAGGCCUUCUAUGAACUUGAUGAAUUAAACAGCAAGAAAAUGUCACCAAACAUGAUGAUUAAGCUUCUAAAAAAGUGAGCAGUUAAACGUCACACACACUGUUAAGGGUUAAGGAGCGACUAAGUAUUUUUUUGUCGAAGCUGGAAGAGCCAGAAAAUAGGUUAAUAGUUGAGUACCUUGAGCUUCUUGUCACUAGCGUGAGGCAAAGAGACAAAAGAAGAAGAAGAACAGUUUGAGUUUUCCACGAGAAGUCGAACCGCAAACGUACGGAUUCAUUUCUCGCCAUCUUAGACUUUGUUCAAAGAAAAAAAAAAAGUUAGAAUCUCAAGAUAUACAGUACAUUAGUUGUUAGCAAUACAAAUAUGUAAGGUAAUGUUACUGUUUACUUUCUCUGUAAGGUUUGGUCUUCCUCUAAGUCGCAAUGAAGUAAAACGACUGUGGGAUACUCUUAUCACAGACCAAAGAGGCUCUUUGGAAUACUGGCAGUUCGUGCGCACUUUUGGUUAUUCCCUGGAUUCAGCAGGUAUUUUGGUGAAGUUUUCAAAGCAAUUUUAGUGGCUUGUUACCAAGGGCUUUUUGUUCCAGUUUCCGACUUCUUUGGCGGAAGAAUCCGUCCGUUUAUGCUAGUCCUUCAAAGCAGUGCUAUGUAAUAAGAAAAUGUUUGCUUAUGUUUUUGCGAAGUACUGAAGUUAUUUAUUUUUGUGCAAAUUAUUGAUGGACGACGGCUGACCAUUCUGCACAAGGCCUUUCGAAUUCCUAGUGGCUGUUACUUUUCUUGCUACACAACGCGUGUUUUACCUCUUAGACUUUAUUUCGCGACUUUUAGACGCCGUCUUAGGAAGCCUCGCCAAGUUUAUUGUCAUUAGACAGUCUACUUUCAUCCUUUUUUCAGCGUUCCCAAAUGCUAAGGUUUCUCCGCCCAAGAGAGGUGACAAUGACUUCAUGAUGCGCUCCAACAAACUGAACAGUGACAAACAUCUUUUGCAUCAUUUGCUCAAAUCAAACAUCGACUUCCACUGGGAGACGCUCUGGAGAGAGUUCACCUCUAUUGACCGACAAGGGACUGGAAACGUUUCGAGAAAAGAUUUCACGGUAAGCUGAACCAUGCUGGUUUCCAGUCCCUCCUUUAUGGCUCAUAAAGUGUGCCUUGUUAUUUUACAUAGUCAGAUUGAAGUUGUCAUGGUCAAGUGCUUUUGCUACAAUCUGAAGCGAUUCUUAUUUCAGUCAAGGAUUAGAAUGUGCCAUGUUGCUUGACACUGGCUAUAUACACUCUUUUUUUAGCUAUAAGAACCUUUUUUAUAAGAACGUCUAGGCUGAGAUUAACUAAAAUUUUAAUACAUGCUAAGAACAUGCCCCUGCUGAGAUUCAGUUAAUAACGUCUUUUUUUGGCACUUUUUUGUGACAAGAAUAAAUGAAGGUUAAAGAAAUGUUAAACUGUGGUCUAACAGGUUUUCUUGUCGCACGAUACACUGAGGAACCACUUCGUUUGUUGUCGAACUUGGUCUGGUCACGUCUGAAUUGAUGUAUUGAAAUACUAAACCACAUAUUUUUAAGAACAUGUUAACAACUUUUUCAGGCUCAAAUCACAAAAAAAAAGAACAACACUCAGCCUCAGUACCAAAAUUAGACGUUCUCAGUUAUUAAUAAAAAAGAGUAAUCCGAUAUAAAAGUUUGAAGCUCAAUUUUCAUAUCUGCAUGUAGUUAUGAUUUUUGUAGUGCAUUAUUCAUUAUUUUACGCAGUCCCCUUCGCAGUCCGUCUUUCGUGGGGUCGCGAACGUCACGCACGGUUCAUUUGCACGCGUGAUAUCUUGGAAUGCCUGCAGGAGUAAAGGGUUUCUAGUACCAUUCCUACUUCAUUUAUACACUUCGUGAAAUGCACUUUUGUUGAAGACUUUAAUUUCCUUUAUUGCAGACUAUUUUGCAAGAUAUGUGUGUUGAACUGACAGACUACGAGUGUCAAGUCCUGUGUGACAAAUUUGAUCCUAAGAAAGAAGGAAGGUAUUGACCUUAAUGUCACUAAAUAUCUUCUAGAUUUUUCACAUGGGUGAAGUUUUACAGAGUAACUCAGCCAAACAAGUUUAGGUGGCCCAGAAGAACCAAUCAUUAUAUGCUGACUACAGAAAGAAAGAUAGGACGUUUCCAGAUUCCUCCAUUCAUUACUAAUUUCAAUUUAUUAUAUAAACACCAAUACCUCGUAUCCUCGCCCAGCUCUGUAACAUUUUGUGGUAUCAAAACAACAUGGUUCUAAACCUACAUUGACCUCUUUUUUUCAACAGAAUAAAUUACAUCAAGUUUUUAGAACCAUAUUCCAAACAUCGAAGGGCCCAUCGCCAUGGACACAAUAUGCAAGCGGUCAUGAAGCAUCCACAGGCUGAGCUGGUAAUAAAUGAUUGACUUCUAUCUUCCUCUCGUGUUACGAGAAUAUUGCAUCUGAACAUCAGCAUUAAUGCUGAAUGUACGUCCAUUUUUGGCCCGCGCUUUCCUGGCUAGCGAAAGGGUGUAACAAAAAUGUAAAACUGAAAAAUAUGGCAAAAAAUUAACCUGAAGCGUCAUUAUUCCCCUUAGCAUUUUUCUCAAUUUUGAGUUUGACAGCGAAUGGCUCUAAGUGACGCCCCCAAAUUGCGUCGGGUUUCUCACCUCUGCUUCAAAUUUAAAGCUUCUUCCGAUGAAGUUCGUGUCUUAUCACAAUUUGUACAUAUUAUUGGCAUUUAAAACUACUUCCUUGUCAGCGUUUAUCAACGUGGAAAAACUGCUCUAAAAAUGGAUUAAAAUCAAAAUGUCCUCUUCAGAAGUUGAUUUUUCCAGAUAAUUCGCUUAUAUUUGCACAUCUGCUUGGCAAGAAAUAUUUUCGAUGUACUUUUCUUGCCCGAAAAUACAACGGAAUGGCAACAAAGAUUUUCUUCUUGCAUCGAAUAAACGACUUAGAAAUUUUAAGUGAAGUACCAAGGGCAAGAUAUCAUAUCAUCUCUUGGCAACGGUCAUUCAACUACCUUUGCUAUGACAACAAACAUCCUUUCUUCGUUUUUCUUCCUUAACCAGCCAAUGGAUGAGAUCGUUCAAAAGCCAAGUAAAGGUCUGUCGACAGUGACAGCAAAGCUCAGAGAUAAGGUAUGAUAUGGUAAUAACUAUAUCUAUUAUUGACAUUAACGUGUUUAUGGCCUCCCGUCAGAUCUUCUUCAACGGUUUUAACUUUCUUAAAAGGCGUUCCAUAGUAUUAGAUUUCCAAUCCCCACUGUGCACAAAUUCGCACUUUAAGAACUGGCGGAAAUUAAAAAUUGCGGCUUUUCCUCUACUGGAGAGGCUCACCAGGUAGGUAAAUAGAGAUCUUAUCAUCAACUAGUAUUGUUUCUAACUUCUUUGAAGAAGAGAGAUGAUAUGCGUUCUUUAAAAUUACUAGAAAUAGUAUUAUAGAUCAGAGAAGAAUAUGAAGUGAAUUUAGAAAUUAUUCAUAAGGCAAAUUUUAGUGAAUUUUUAAGGGAUUAUUUUGUAUAUAUACAAAAAGCUGGUCCUCCUAAGCAAACUAAAAGAACUCCCUGUGUACAUUUUAAAAGAGCAACUUCUUACAAGAUAAACGUCAAAAAUGUAACAUAUAUAGAAAAAAUUCAGAAAGGGUCUUAUUCAGAGCAUUCAUGCUCCACACACAGUUGCGUGUUUUUUUUUUCGUAUCCAGGCAACACUCGAUAAAAUAUUGUUUCUCUGAUGUAAAAUCGAAAAUAUUUAAAAUAUAUUAUACUCACAUCCGUAUUUCUCUUAAUCUUUCAGUUGUCAGGAAAAUGGAUAAACCUCAUGCGAGCUUUCAAGAAACUAGACAAAGACAACAAGGAUUUCCUCUCUCUUCAAGAAUUCCGACAUGUUUUGGAGCUUUGCAACGUAGUUUUGGACGAGGAAGAUAUUUAUUACAUUUUAACCGAGUUCGACGAAAACCGUGGCGACAAAAUCAGAUAUACCAAAUUCCUGGACAAGAUUAAGUAAUGGUGGUAAACAGAGUGCUUUGUGUGUGAAAAUCUGAAAUAAUUAAUUGUACAGACUUAGUUACCCUCGUAAAAGACGCACUUAAAAAUGAAGUGGAUUUGGUUGGUUAAGAGCGAGAAUGGAUUGCAAAGUUUGAACAUUUCACGUAAACUUCAGGUGUAGAAUGUAUACAAUUUUUAUAUUUAGUUGUGUUGUUUCUUGCCAUAAUUGUAAUAUUCUGCAUUAAAUCCACUUCCUUCCAGCUAUGUUGUAUGUGAUUAAUGUUUUUCUUUAACGCACUGUACAAAAUCGUUCUCGUUUUUCGUUUGCCACCGGCUGGUGAAUAUGAUACAGACUGGAUCUAUGGAAAUAUUCAGGAUGGAAUGGAGCUUUAACCAACCUUUGCCGCAAAAUAGAGGAGAAUAUGGUUUGGAUUCUCAUAAAAGACUCAGCUAUUUUAGAUUGUUGCUAGACAAGAAGGAACUAAUUAGGUAACUUCUUCCACAAGGAAUUCC